AUGUCUGAGAUUGACGAUCUGGUAAGACGCCUUCGCAGCCUUACUGGGUACGUGGUUGCGACUCCUGCUCCAGCUCCGACUCCCGUCGCUGCUGCACCAGUAGAGAAGCAAGUAGGUGAAGAGAGUCUUCUCAUCUUACAACAGUCUCUGCGGCGCCACCCUUGCUUUGCUGUCUUUGGUCUCUCGCGAGCAGAGGUGGAGUGCCAGCUUCUAAAGCAGCUCGAAGAUGCGGCGAAGGCGCCCCUCGACGUCGCGGGUGAGGCCCCAGAGGCGGUAACCUGGCGAGUUUUUAUCAACAACGCUGCCGAGGAGCUCGAGGCGGAGCGUCUACGUGGUGUUUUCAAGGAUACCGCGCAGCGAAUUCAUGGUGCCACGGAGCAGCUCUUUCGCAGGCUUGGCGUCGCCGAGGCUCCUGCUCUUGAUCAGGUAGGAAGCGGAUAUGCUUGUCCGUGGAACGUGCUCACAGUUCUGGAGAACGGUAUCCUCUUCGGACAGGGCGACGUUGCAGAGCUGGAAAAGGUGCAGUUGGAAGUACCCAACGCAACGGCGUCUAUCCUGCAGAACACGAAACGAGUGUACAACAACACCUUCGACACGAUGGCUUGGCUGCCCCUGCUUCACCAGAUGAUGUCAUUUCCCGUAUCCUCGGUGCGGGCGGUGUGGCACGCGGCACUGUACCACUUCCCGACCGCAGCCCCCCUCGUUUGCGUGUAUGUUCGGUUAGAGAUGGCCGCGCUGGCAAAGAAAACUCGGUUGGAGGCCUGCUGCGGCGAGACGGACACCAAAGACGUCUACCAGGGUUACCUGCGGUUGCUGAACACGUUUUACCGCCACCUACCCUUGGCGUUUUCCUGCGAGCUGUACUACCUCUUCUUCUCGUUUGCGGCGGAGUACGUGCAUCCAGACAGCGCUUCGCUGGAUCUACUGUACCGCACCUGCCUGCGCCGCGAUGUCGGCAUGCUCCCUCAGAGCACAUCACUUUGGGUGCAAUACUUGAACUGGCGCUCCGCCUCCUUCCGCGACCACAUGCGUCGCCGUGAAUGGCGCAAGCGGAUGUACAACCGCAUCCUCUCCAUCCCUCUUGUCGGCCUCGAUGCUGUCAAGGACGAGUACGAUAUGUUUGUAGCCACCGAGUUGCGCGGACGGGUGGCGCCCGACGAGAGGAUUGAACUGGAGAAGCGGCUGGCGCGCGUCAAGACGGAGGCGGACGACCUGUCGCGACUCAUGUACUUUUUCUACCCCACCGAGUGGGCCCCAGCGACCUCCGCGCAUGUGACGUUUCCCCACACACUCUAUCUUGCGCGCCCCCUCACAGUGGACGGCCCCACUACCUCGCUAAGCCUGAGAGAGUCGGUGCUGUCGCGUAUUGAGAUGGAUUUGUGGAGCCUGUGGAACACGCUCCUGCAGCGCGUUCGCCGGCCGCUCUUCCCCGGCGCUGGCGGAGAAGUUCUGCACUACAGCCGCUGCCGGAACAUUAUGACGAUGAUGGCGUGCUUCUUUCCGCAUCAGGCGACACUGUGGAUGGACCUGGUCGACUUUUGCGUCCACCAGCAGCCUCUCCUGUCGGACAAAGAGCGCUUCCACACCGUCGCGGCAGCGAUUCACUUGACUGUUGCAUUUUGUCGGCGGAACGUCUGUGUGCGCCUCUUCGUGGCGCAGGUGUACCACGUCGACCUCGGCGCGACCGAGAUGGCGUUCCGGGAGGUGAAGGAGUGCCUGCUACACCUGCGUGCCUGGCUGCUCUACCACGUGCGGAGUGACGAGGAGGUGGCUGGCGCGGAGGAGGCGCUGGAGAAGCUGCAGCACAUUACUGUGCUGGCGGUGAACUAUAUGCGCAUGGGCAAUGCGCAAGGUAACGCUGAGCAUGUGCGGUUAGUGGCGCGGUUUGUGAUGCACCACGUCGACUUUCUCUCGCUUACAAUGGGGGCACUCCGGAAGCUGCUCAAGUCCGGCGCUGUCGCGACACCGGCGCCGUUUCUACAUCCCUUUCAUCUCUUCUGCGCCCACUGGAUUUUGCUGGAGCUUAUCCGCAAUCGCUCUCCCCGUAGUGCACUCGUCAUCCUUCAACAGUGGUGCGAGCACCUCAAGAUGAUCUUGCGAUCUGGCAAGAACAAGGGGUGGAGCUGCGAGGAGUGCGGCGUUGACGAACUGGUACUCGACGCGUGUGCCAACCUCCUCACCGCCGAUCCGUCCUGCGGCGAGGCGGUGGGGAUGACACUAGGGGACCUCGAGGAGGUGGCCGGCAGCGAUGGCCUUCAGUCUCAGAAUUUCCUCUACGGUGCACGGCAGCUGCGCCACCGCUUUUUCCUCCUGUUCACACGGCUAGAGAAAGACUACACAAGCGACAUCAUGCUCACCGCGAAGCUACUGCUCCCGCAUGCGGCACCGCACCGCUACGACACCGUUCAGUUUCGGUGCCCUCUACCUCAACGACCACUGCUUUUGCCGGGGGUCAGCGAGGCGACGACGCCACUGUUGGAGGACACUGCGGCCACGCAGGCUAAGCACCACGACGAGGGACAAGCUCCUCGGGCCACACCAAUUCACCCGGCGCACACGUUCCCCGAGGAAACACUGUGGUCGUCUUCGGCGGCAAUCCGCAACUCGAGCGCACCUCGCCGUCAAGCUUUUGACCCGGCCCGUCGCGGGCCGUAUCCGUCUCGGUUUCGCAAUGGGGCUGAUAGCGCCGAUAAGGAGCUCCCAGCAGUGCCAACAGCUCUCCCGAGCCGACUGGCCAUUGUGUCCGAGGCAGUGCAGCUUCCCACUCUACUGGACUGCCUCGCUUCUGUACGCGGAGGGGCGGGAGAGGCAACCGCGGCGGAGGGAAAAGCCGCGACGAAGCUCCCCCCGCUGGAUCACCUGGAGGAGUUCAUCAGACAACUGCCAUCCGUGUACGAGUACAAUCCUGGUAUGGAGGAGGAAGGGCCGGAGGUGUCCACGGACUGGGUGUUUCGUGCACUUCUGAGCUGCGAGGCAUUAUCGUGA